AUGAACUACCAGCAGCAGCUGGCCAACUCGGCUGCCAUCCGGGCCGAGAUCCAGCGCUUCGAGUCGGUCCACCCCAACAUCUACUCCAUCUAUGAGCUGCUGGAGCGCGUGGAGGAGCCGGUGCUGCAGAACCAGAUCCGGGAGCACGUCAUCGCCAUCGAAGAUGCUUUCGUGAACAGCCAGGAAUGGACACUCAGCCGAUCAGUACCGGAGCUCAAAGUGGGAAUUGUGGGUAACCUGGCCAGUGGCAAGUCUGCGCUGGUGCACCGGUACCUGACAGGCACAUAUGUGCAGGAGGAGUCUCCAGAAGGUGGCAGGUUCAAGAAGGAGAUUGUUGUCGAUGGACAGAGUUAUCUGCUGCUGAUUAGGGAUGAAGGGGGCCCCCCGGAGGCACAGUUUGCCAUGUGGGUGGAUGCGGUCAUCUUUGUCUUCAGCUUGGAGGAUGAGAUCAGUUUCCAGACUGUCUACCAUUACUACAGCCGAAUGGCCAACUACAGGAACACCAGUGAGAUCCCGUUAGUGCUGGUGGGGACCCAGGAUGCCAUAAGUUCCACCAACCCAAGGGUCAUUGAUGACGUCAGGGCUCGGAAGCUCUCCAACGACCUGAAGCGGUGCACAUACUAUGAGACGUGUGCCACCUAUGGGCUCAACGUGGAGCGGGUCUUCCAGGAUGUUGCUCAGAAGAUUGUUGCCACGAGGAAGAAGCAGCAGCUGUCCAUAGGCCCCUGCAAGUCCCUACCCAACUCUCCAAGCCACUCCUCUGUGUGUUCUGCCCAAGUGUCCGCAGUACACAUCAGCCAGACAAGUAACGGAGGUGGGAGUUUAAGUGACUACUCGUCCUCUGUCCCUUCGACCCCAAGCACUAGCCAGAAGGAGCUUCGGAUUGACGUCCCUCCCACUGCCAACACUCCAACGCCUGUCCGGAAGCAGUCCAAGCGCAGGUCCAACCUAUUCACGUCUAGGAAAGGGAGCGACCCAGACAAAGAGAAGAAAGGCCUGGAGAGCCGUGCGGACAGCAUCGGGAGCGGGCGAGCCAUCCCAAUUAAACAGGGCAUGCUGCUGAAGCGAAGUGGCAAGUCACUAAACAAAGAGUGGAAAAAGAAGUACGUCACCCUGUGCGACAACGGUGUGCUGACCUACCACCCCAGUUUACAUGAUUACAUGCAGAAUGUCCACGGCAAAGAGAUAGACCUCUUGAGAACCACUGUGAAGGUGCCGGGGAAGAGGCCGCCCCGAGCCACGUCGGCCUGCGCACCGAUCUCCAGUCCCAAAACCAACGGCCUGGCCAAGGACAUGAGCAGUUUACACAUCUCACCAAAUUCAGGGAAUGUCACUAGUGCGUCUGGGUCUCAGCUGGCAAGCGGCAUCAGCCUGGUCUCCUUCAACAGCCGACCUGAUGGCAUGCACCAGCGCUCCUACUCAGUCUCCAGUGCCGACCAGUGGAGUGACGCUACAGUCAUUGCAAACUCAGCCAUCAGCAGUGACACGGGGCUGGGUGACUCGGUGUGUUCCAGCCCAAGUAUCUCCAGCAGCACCAGCCCCAAGCUCGACCCACCCCCCUCCCCCCACGCCAACAGAAAGAAGCACCGGAGGAAGAAAAGUACCAGCAACUUCAAGGCUGACGGGAUCUCGGGCACUGCUGAAGAGCAAGAAGAAAACUUGGAGUUUAUCAUUGUGUCCCUCACUGGCCAGACAUGGCACUUUGAAGCCACCACAUACGAGGAGCGAGACGCCUGGGUCCAAGCCAUCGAGAGCCAGAUUCUAGCCAGCCUACAGUCCUGUGAGAGCAGCAAGAAUAAGUCCCGACUAACCAGCCAGAGUGAAGCUAUGGCCCUGCAGUCCAUCCGUAACAUGAGAGGGAACUCACACUGCGUGGACUGUGACACCCAAAACCCUAACUGGGCCAGUUUGAACUUGGGAGCCCUCAUGUGUAUCGAGUGCUCCGGGAUCCACCGGAAUCUCGGCACCCACCUCUCUCGGGUCAGAUCGCUAGAUCUGGAUGACUGGCCCUUGGAGCUGAUCAAGGUGAUGUCCUCCAUCGGGAAUGAGCUGGCCAACAGCGUGUGGGAAGAGGGCAGCCAGGGACGGACAAAGCCCUCACUGGACUCUACCAGGGAAGAAAAGGAACGGUGGAUCCGGGCCAAGUAUGAGCAGAAACUCUUCCUGGCCCCACUGCCAUGCACGGAGUUCUCCCUGGGCCAGCAACUGCUACGUGCCACUGCGGAGGAAGAUCUGCGGACUGUCAUCCUACUUCUGGCACAUGGGUCCCGGGAUGAGGUAAACGAGACCUGUGGGGAAGGAGACGGUCGCACGGCACUGCACCUGGCCUGCCGCAAGGGCAACGUGGUCCUGGCUCAGCUGCUGAUCUGGUACGGGGUGGACGUCAUGGCCCGAGACGCCCACGGGAACACAGCACUGGCCUAUGCCCGGCAGGCCUCCAGCCAGGAGUGUAUCGACGUGCUUCUACAAUAUGGCUGCCCCGAUGAGCGCUUUGUGCUCAUGGCCACCCCCAACCUGUCCAGGAAGAAUAACAGCAGGAAUAACAGUAGCGGGAGGGCUCCCAGUGUCAUCUGAGCUCAGCCAACACGGCACCCGGGAUCCCACUCCCGUCUGCUCCGGAAGUUGCAACACCACGUGAGUCCCUCAGUUCCCUCCCUCUUCCUGGUGGACGCCUUCCCACCCACCUGCCACUCACUCACCCCACACGAAAUCUCCAAACCUGGACAUCCUCAAGGGGAGAAGAGGAGGCUGCAGGCCACAGAACAGAACUCUUUUCUCAUCCUCCGGAAGCAACGUAGGAGGGACUGACCUCCUCCCGGCUUUGAGGAUAGCACACGACAACGGGGACCCCUGUUCCAGUGGCCUAGAGACGGUGCAGGGGGAGGGGUUGCAAGGAAAAAGGCCAGUGUCCCCUAACUGGCAGUUAAGCACAUCAGUACAUUUCACCUCCACCAAAAGGAGGCUUGGAUUUCACGUCUUCUCGGGGGAGCUUGACGGCAUAAAUCAGAAGCAAGCACAGUUUGUCAGGUCUGAAGCCCCUAUGAUGGUAGGUGUCAAAUCAGUUGUAGCUAAUCUGUCCAGGGAGAAUACUGGCUUCAUUACACUUGUAUAGUCGAGUUCCUCCGGCAUUACCGCUGUUUAAUAGAACGUGAUUAGUCAUCACCAGGAAGAAGGCAUAUUAGCCGAGGAGGUAGUUACCCGGCACGCUCCGGUGAUUGCCACGGUAUGAUUGCAGUGCGUCUAGCAGCAUCAUAUUAUCCUAGCCAUGUCUCUCCAGCCCUUGGAGCCCUCCUUUCUAAAUUCACUGUCAUAAUUUAGUAUCUGUUUAAUUUUUCAGUCCAAAGAGAGGAAAUCAGUUGCCGGGUAUUAUUUGACUUCAGUCCCCUAUCUUGGUGCAAAAACAAAAUGGAAAAAAUAAAUAAAUAAGUAAAUAAAGAGUAACUUGGAAAUCCUAAAAGAAAUCAUGGAUUCAGCUGAAAACAGCUUUCAAAUAUGUUCCAAAACUAAGUAAAUACAUAAGAAGCUAUUUUUUUUUUCCUAAGAGAUUUUUCUGUACUUUGGCCACAACAGAUGUGUCAGGCCUCAGCCACUCCUGGUCCACAGAGUCUGAAUCACCCAGGUUUCUGUCGUAGAUAAGAUGUGUGAAAAUCUAUUUGAAUAAAAGAAGUUCAUAAAUAUGCA